AUGGCCAGUAGUAGUGGUGCCGGGGCAGCGGCGGCGGCGGCAACAACGAAUCUGAAUGUGGUGAGGGAACCCAUGGACGUUCUGUUCGAGAUUUCAAGAAUUUUGAAUACUGGGUUAGAUAUGGAGACUCUCUCUAUUUGUGUACAGCUUUGUGAACAAGGAAUUAACCCAGAAGCUUUAUCAUCAGUUAUUAAGGAACUUCGCAAGGCCACUGAACACUGAAGG